AUGCUCAAGCUUUUGAAAAAUUCAAACUACUAUACCUUCUCCAUCUGCUGUGCGAAUAAACAGGAAAGUGUUGGGCCGAGAAGUGCGCCAGGCAGUGGAGCUUCCGCAAGCCCUCCUACUAUCAAGUCUACAUCUUCAGAAAAUCACCGUGGAAUGGAAAAGUAUGGCCACAGCUAUGCUACGUCGUCGUUGGCGGGAACCAACAACACUGGCGCAAGGACCAGAUUUUUGACAGGCGUAAUGUGCAAGCCCGGUUUCAUUAUCGGUGACCGCGUAAGAAAUCGCAAGACAGCAUCAAAACGAUUUCGUUGA